UUUAGCAUUAUAACAAACUUUAAAUUUCAGGAAAGUGCACAAAGCCUACAAAAUCUGCUGAUGAGAUCUUGCAUUCUGAAGAUAAAAGGUAUCCCUAGGAAGAUGAAACGUGUUCUUUUAUGCUUGUGUCUCUUUAGCGUGGCCUGCACUAAACCAGUAUUUCAGUCGUACCCUGGGAAAGCUAAUGAGAACUGUGUGGGACAACACAGGAUACUGGUGAAGACCUGUAAUAUCAAUAAUGGGUUUUAUUUAUUUAAGUACGUGUAUACAUCCUCAGCACAAAAAAAACAAACACAGAUAACGAAAGGUGAGGAAUAUGAUAAAAGCCAAGUUUCUAAUCACCAGUUUAAAAAGGAAGAUGAAUCAAAGAAGCCUUCAGAAGACUUCCAGGUUCAAGUGGGAGGUGAAGACCAUAAAUACCUUCUUGAGAAUGGAACUAUCAGGAAGUCUGAGAACAAAAGCAUUUCUGACAGGCAGAAAUUCGUUGGAGUUACUGGAAACACCAGUGACUGGGAUGCCCAUCAAAUUCACUUAGAAGUCAGUGUGUACAAAGAUGACAGUGAGAAAGUUACUGGGAAUACCACUGUGGGCAUAGAGGGCAGUGGUGACCUUGAUUUCUUAGACCAAAUUGAAGGUGGUGUUACUGUCAUUUCUGGUACUGGCCACGAUGCCAGAGGUAGCGGCCAUCAGGAUGCGAAGAGCACUGGUUACACAGAAAGAUAUGGACAAGAUAGAGAGAAAGAUCAGUCUGGCUUAACGGGUAUUAAUGAAUCAGAGGGUACUGAUUAUAAUGCCACCAGAGAAAAAGAUAAAGAUGCCAUUGAAACCCAGGGUAGUAAUGGCUAUAGGGACAUCCCCAAAAAAGAUAAAGCCAUUCAUCAGGACCCAGUGAGCAAUAGUUAUUUAGGGGUUCCUAUGACAGACAAGGAUGGCACCAGAGAUAAAGAGUUUGACAAUGAAGGAAGUGGCUACACAAAUUUUAUAGAUAAGGAUGAAGACAAUUUUGCCACUGGCAAUGGGGGUGCCCAUCUUGAUAUAGGAGUCACUGACUCUAUAGAUAUUCCAGAAAGAAUGGAGCAUAUUAAAGUGGGUAAAGAAGGCAUGGAUAAUCAGUCAUAUUUUUCAGAAACAGGAGAAGCUAAGAUCAUUAAGGGCAAUCAUGUGGAAGGAUCUGACCUCACUAAAGGUGAUAGGAAAAAAGAUGAAGUUAGUGGGAGGGCUAAUAGUCAUGUAAAAGAGCCAGAUGUCAUUAAACCACAGAAGAAUGAUGAAGGUGAAGGUAACAUUGUUAGUGGGAAGGCUGGCAGUCAUGUAGAUUAUGGUUUCACAAAACAGCUUAAAAAAGAUAAAAGUGAACUCAUUCUCCCUGGUGGAAGGGUUGGUACUUACAUGCAAGAACCAGAUAAAGGUAGAAAGAUACACAAGAAAGAUAAAAGUAAAGUCACUAUCCCGAGUGAAAGGGUUGGCUCUCAUGUACCAAAAACAGAUGUCAUCAAGACACACAAAAAAGAUAAAGGUGAAGUCACUGUCUCUAGUGGAAGGGUUAGUACUCAUGUACAGAAACCAGAUGUCACCAAAGUACACAAGAAAGAUGACAGUGAAGAUAACAUCAUUAGUGGGAGGUCUAGUAUCCAGACAGAGAGACCCGAUUUCACUAAACCGCAUAAAAAAAAUGUUGAUAUGAGUCAUGGAAAUGCUUCCAAAGGCAAGCUGGGGAUCACUUACACAAAUGUUCCAAAAAAGAAAGGAAAUAUUAUUGAUGUUAGACUUACAGCAGGGAAAAAAGAUAUAACAAAAGGAGGGACUGCUUAUACUAAGGUUCCUGGAAGCAGUACAAAUGUCAAGACCAGUGCUGGACAUUCCAGAGGGAAGACAAAAGAUACUGGUCACAGAUAUACAGAGACAAAAGAUGGCACUCAAUUCUUCACAGGUCAUGAACAUCUCAAAUACAGUAAUACUGGUAAUGUCCAUAAGACUGAUAAUACUAACAUAAAGAAACAUUCUUUUCAUACUCGUGGUACUGAUGAAAAUGUUAAAAAAACAAGUCCCAAGAGUGAGAAAAGUGAUGCUGAAACUGAUGAACGAUAUACAGGCAGGGUUUAUCUAGGGCAUGACAGAGUCCUAAGGAGAAAGGGCACCUGGCAUGGUAAAAAGGGCUGGACAGCUAAGUAUGUCCAUGGCAACAAAGAUGACAGCAGCCAAUCAUCUGAUAGUGAGAGGGCAAGCAGAAGUGAUAGUCGCCAGGCCUAUGACUUUUACCAGAAUGAUCAGCCGGACAAUUACUGGUCAGCUCAGAGUAUUCAGGGUGAUCGAGAUCUGUCAGCUGAGAAAAACUAGAGGGACAGCUACAGCCAGAUUGCAGAGCAAGAGAAAGAUUAUUCUCAAGAGAUUUGUCAAGAGCAGAGUAGCAAGCAGGAAGGCAGUUUUAUUGGCUGAAGUUCCAUCACAGAAAAUCUUAUUCCAUAAGGCAGCAAUUCUCCAACUGAAAUGUCAAAAUGAUACAUGAUCUGCAGUCAGGCUGGCAUGAGAAUUGCUUUAUAAUAUGAGAAUAAAGAGGCACUGUAACUACUCUGAUUCAAAUGACCUAUGUGUUACACGAAGUAUUUUUGAGUUUUUCCAAUGGCAAGGUAAAUUUUAAAGCCUAUUAUAUGGUAGUUGACUUAAUUUCAUAUUAUGAAAACAGUUUAUUAGGAGGCUACAAGCAAAAAUAUGUUUGGACUCAAUGGAGCAAAAUCCUAUAUAGAGUAUAUACUUGCAUAAUAUGACACAAUGAAAUAAAGAAUAAGAAAAGUCA